CAAAGUAUUAUAUAUAUUCUUUAUGAUUUUGUGUGUCUGUGUAAUUCAUAGUUUUAAAGCUAACUCAGUCAUUGUAUAGUUUGUGACUGAAGCAGGAAAAGUAAUAUCCCACUGAAAUUUUGGUGUCAGCCUUCCUUGUUCAAUGAGCCCCUUUUGAUGUCUUGGGGUAGGGUGGCUUUCUGUGGAAAUCUCUCUCCAUCUUCCUUCUUUUAAAAUGGCUUUCUCUUGCUUCUAGAGUAAGAAGAUUAAAUGGGUCCAGUAACUGGAAUGACUCCAGAUAAGAAAGCGGAAACGCCCGGAGCCAAAAAGGCAGCAGGGCUACGGCAUAUCCAAAGAAUGGGAAGCCUACCAGAGGAGGCUGUUGAUGCAGCUCGCCCGAAGGCCACGGCCGUGGCUAACGAACUGGCGGACGACGAGCUCACGAACUUGAACUGGCUGCACGAAAGUACUAAUCUCCUAACGAACUUCAGCCUUGGCAACGAGGGUCUUCCGGUGGUGAAUCCUCUGUAUGACAUUGAAGGUGAUCAUGUGCCAUCCUACCCUUCGUCUGGCUAUUCCAGUUCGGAGAAGAAGUCCACCACAUCCAAGCCCCCUUAUUCCUUUAGCCUCCUGAUCUACAUGGCAAUCGAACAUUCUCCAAAUAAAAGUUUGCCAGUGAAAGAAAUUUACAGCUGGAUCCUUGAACGCUUUCCCUAUUUUGCCACAGUUCCCACUGGAUGGAAGAACUCUGUCCGGCAUAACCUCUCCCUCAACAAGUGUUUUCGAAAGGUGGAGAGAAGCCACGGCAAGGUGAAUGGAAAAGGUUCUUUGUGGUGUGUGGAUCCCGAAUAUAAACCAAACCUUAUACAGGCACUGAAGAAGCAGCCGUUUCCCUCUGCGUUUGCAUUUUAUACGCCACCAGCAUCACCACUGAGUGGUUCUUCAUCUCCUCACUACUUAACCUCAGUUUUGAAACAGAGUCAGGGCGGAUCUAUAAAAGACUCAGAUAUCGAUGCUGCUACCGCCAUGAUGCUUUUGAAUACUUCCAUUGAAGAGAGCAUUCUAGAUUGUGAGAAGCCGCCUCCUAUCAAGCUCUCCAAGAAGAGAAAUUACAGCAGCAUGUUCCAUAAUCACACCACUGCCAGCCGGGACGAGAGCGAUUCGACAGUGGCCAGUGUGGACCCCAAGGCAGACCACAAUUAUAGUGCCAGUGGUGUGGCCUCAGAGUGCUGUGGCUCCUUCUCCAGUGUGUCGUCUCUCUCCUCCAUGGACGAGGUGUAUGAAUUUGUCUCGGAGGCCAGCCGGGCAGGGAGCGAUGGCAGUGAAGGCUUCCACAGUGAAGGAGACACUGAAGGAGAGGACGAUCACGAAGAGGACGACCCCCUCGCAGACAGCGGCUACACCUCGCAGCCCUGCGGUGAGGCUUCAGACAAGGCCCCACCUCGGAAAAAAGCCCUGGAGGAACUCUGUCAGGAGAUUGACGAGGAACUCAAAGAAGCUGCUGGGUCUCUGCUUCACCUCGCUGGGAUCAAUACGUGUCUCGGAUCUUUAAUAAGUACUGCAAAGACCCACAGCCAGAAGAGGAGGAGGAAAAAUGAUGACGUGGCAUGAAAAGAUAACAUCUAUCGAUAAUAGAUCUAAAUGCAUAUUUUAUUUUUUAUCGUGGCAAUACUCUUCUACUUUUUUACCCUUCACAAGGGAGAUCCAAGCCAUAAACGGACUUUUUUGUUUGUUUGUUUUUUAAUUUCUUCAGAUUAAGGUUUUGGGGGUUGUUGUUUUGUUUGUUUGUUUGUUUGUUUCGGCAAGCAAGUUUCAUUUUGUUUUCAAAGUGUCGUGGUAAGGGUGAUGGUUCUUAGGCACUGAAGAGGGACUUGGAAUUGUGCAAAAUAGGUGAAAAAGGAAAAGCCCAGUCACACCCCUCCCUUCUCUCAUCAUUUCAGCAAAGUUGAAUCUUCGAGAUUAUUAGUGGAAUGUAUUCUCGAAGGCCAAAGAGCCCGAAAAACCCACAACAACUAUUAGUGGAAUGCUUGGCUUCAUACAGGUGUGCUUGUCUAUAUCGUCUAACAUGCUAAAGAUGGUCUCAUAAAGUUCUUUGGGUCAAUUGAAAAGAGAGGAAUAUGCAUGGGCUGGAAAGGAAGUAUGUCCACAGAGUACUUCGCAGUACCUACCUAUCUCAUAUCCAGGCCCAGUGGAAGUUUGGAAAUUGAAUCAUGAGCCCUCUCCCCAAAAUUGGAUAUGCAGUCUUUGUUUUUCUCUCAUUUUGGAAAAUUAACUCUUGAGCAAUCGAGGUGCAUGUGUUUGCAUUUUACACAAUGGAGGCUUCUUCUGUGUCACUGUUAGCCUUCAAUAUCGGGCCGUAGAGAUCAAGCAGGCUGGGAGAAUAUCUCUGUAAUGCAUAGCAGUUUGAAAUUAUGUGGCCUAUCAGGGCUUCUUCCAGUGGAAUCCUGGGAUUUUUAGUUUGGUGAAGUGCUGAGAAUUCUGGAGCGCUCUAGUGCUCUAGAUUAAGAGACAGUACUAGAUUAGGAAACAGGACUCUCUGCAGAACAUCAGUGAGCUGGUGGCUGUCUGAUGUUCUACAGUUCCCAAAAUCUUUUAAUAGCUGGCCAGGUUGGAUGAGACUCCUGGGUUGAAGUCCAAAACAUGGGGGGGGUGUGGGGAGGAAAAGAUUGAGAGCCAUUAUGCUAGAUGUCUGUAAACAGAGAAUUCUAAGUUCUUCACCAGAUGGAAAGUCCAGGAUGGAGCCUUGAUUGUUAAAAUUGGUAUCAGACAGUUAUAACUAUAUAGCAUAGAUGCACUGUGGGUGACUUGAAUAUUAUCUGUUCCAAAGGAACACCCAACACACAAUUGUCAGGAGACGGUGGAGGGUAAAAGAGACGGAUUGGUCGCCGUCCCUCACUCUCAUUGCUUAUUAUGGGCUGCAUGGGACAAGAGCUCCAUCUGUGCUGGGGGGUCUAGAACACAAGGCUGGUUGUGACUUGGGACACCUUUCUAAGGUCUUAUAAAAGUAAAGGCAAAGACUUUCAUCACCUUUUGUUUCCAUUAAAUCAUAAACUUUUGCAAGUUGAAGGUCUACAAUAAUGUAAGAGUUUAAAAAAAACUGCCACUGUGGAUCAGUUACUGAUUGUCUAAUAAUUUUCAAUUAUAAAAUAGAAAGGGCAAAGGGAAGAAAUCUAAUGUAAUUUGGAUAUUUUUGAGAAUUUGCAUGGUUAAUCUAUUAGAAUCUUCCACCUUGAAUUUUCUUCCUAUUCAUAGCAUAAAGUAAGGAGCUGGUUCCUUCUGUUGUGGUGCUUUUGUAUAGUUUUUUUUUAAAAAAAUAUGAUUAUUAUAUCAUUCUCUGUGACCCAGAGAUUUAUUUGCAAACCCAAGAACCUUAUUGCUAUGUUAUGACCCAAAUUAAUUUGAAAAAUAAUAAUAAUUGUGAAUGACUUUUGCACACAGAACCUGUGCUUAGAUGUUCAGGUAAAGCCUAAUGUAAUGGUGAUUUAUUUCCUAUUUUUAGGUUAAGGUAGUGGAUGCCAACCUGGCUCCUCAGAUAAGUGGUGUGCUUGUUUUGGGCAGAACAGAAGGUAGGAAACCUUCCCCUUCCUUCUGGACAACAACUCUCAGAAUCCCACAAGCUAUUGGCUGUGCUAGUUUUGAGAUACUGGAUUUUGUAGUCCAAACAAGAGCAGCAUUUUCUGUCUCUGGGCUGGGAUCAACAUUCCCUCUAACUUUCGGGAGUGCUGGGCAGGGGCUCCACCCCGUGUGCACAGGGUUCUGGCGGUGACUGAAAAUAAAUGGGCAGCAACUGGCUUGGCUGUGCGGCCCUGAUGCAGCGCUGUGCAGUCACGCGAGCACGGAGCUUAGAAGGAACGUUGGCUGGGACCAUUUUGCACUGGAAGGGCUCACAGGAGUCUCUGUGCUGUUCUGUAGGAGACAAACAAGUAGGAAUGCAGAUAGAAAACUAGAUACUAGGGAUUCUAGCCCAGGCUACUCCCAGCCACCUAUUUUUCUAACUGUAGGAAUUCCUGGUUUCCCAGUAGAGCAGCUGGCCGUGUGAACAAACACAGACUGAGGUGGUCCAGUCUAUAGAGGUGCACCACCAGAUAGGGCUGCCAGAUGCUGCUUUCUGAAUGCAUUCCAAAGUCACGUGAAAAAUAAGUCUCCCCACCAACUUUGUGUUUCAUUUUUGCCCUUAGUGUCUCCUAGAAGUCAGUAUACAACAGGCAGCCUUAGAAGGCACCAUUUUAAAUACAGUACCUUUGGAUAUAUAUACUCUCUCACACACAUACACGUUACUUAGGUGUGGAAAGGAGUUCAGAAGAUAUGUGGUGUAAAUGCUGAAGUGUUUCCCAUCUUUUCAGGUUAAGAGCAGAGCUAGGAAGAACUGCUCUUUGGAGCCAAAGUCCCAGCUGGCUAAGCAGGAUAAACUGGGUAUAGUGUUUCAAAAAUAGGUUUCCAAACAGUGAGUAGGAGUAGCUAUUGCAGAGAAAUUCUGACUAGGAAUUGAUUGGGAACAGCCAGAACAAUGGCUUUCUUUUAAUCCUGGUCGUUCAAGAGAUCUUUGCCAAGCUUUGUCAAAAAGGUUUGCUAGAUUAGUGGUGUACAAUAGUGUUACUAUCAGCCCUACUCAGUCAUUAAGGAAGGGUGUGAGCCACUUGCCUGGAGCAGAGUCAGGAGCCCCAGCCCCUGUGUUGUGAUGGUAAGCACAGAAUUGUGACAGUCUGAAGAAGAGGAGGCUCUUGCACCCCGAUAGCUGGUCUAUGUGAGCCAUCCUUCUGCUCCAAUCACAUGGGAAGGCUAUCUGGGGAAACUAAUCUUCCUUGUUCGGACUAUACCGUUUCCAUGUUCAGAAUGAUGAUGGAGGGGAUGGGAGCGGUGCACUUUGCAUUGACGCUUGGGGGUUCCCAACAUGCUGAAUAGAGCUCUUUGUAUAUGUAAGACAUAAAUUGCAAAAGGCCACCUGUGUAUAAAUCCUAAGGGGAAUUGAACUACACAUGUAGAUAUACAACAGAGCUUGGACUACAGCUCUUCAUACCCCUCCCAUUCCAAACAGGUAACUUUUUGAAGAUUGUGUCUGGACUCAUUUUUAAAUUCAAUGUGUUUUCUGUGAGAUAGUGGAGUUCUGUCUUGGAGGUGUCCUCUUUCAAGUGUAUUUUGCCAUUUUGUAUGUUGUACCAUAAGACAGCUAGAAUCAUCUUGCAUAGCUACCUAAAAGGUGUAACUUUUGGAGGUAACUUAAGCAGUUAUCAUAGACAUUAUCAGUUGCAUGCUGAGUCACAAAACUCAAUUAGCAGCAGAUAAUAUCUAUCAGUUUUUAAACUUUGGGCAGUUCACCUCCAAAAGUUGCACCAUUUGUAUUCUACUAGAAUAACUAGGCAAGAUGAUAUAGGCCAAUGUACAUGCACAUCUGGGUCACCUAAGAAGGCUGCUGUGUGAAUGUGCAGCUGGAAAAAAGAAACACCCUUGCCUAUAAGAAGACCAGUCUGCUACUGUUCAGAGUUGAGCCUAUUGUCCAAAAUAGUCUUUUGCUUUAUCUUGUUAUUCAUGUUGUGUGUUUUGGAGCUCAGAUUCUGGAAUAAGGAGCCUGUUCCAAAUGGGCUGCGUGAGAAGUACUAAUCAGAAUCAGAGCUAAGGCAAGAUUUUUUUAAUUAUUUUUUUUUGACUGCUGAAUAAAUUUUGGGCUCCCCAGGUUCUGGAAGUUCAGUCUAGCAAGGUAAUUUUUCUAAGCUCUGAUCUGAGAUAAAUUUUAAAGAAAGUUUUGCUGCUGAAUUUUGUGAUCAUGCCCCAAUCCACUGGAAUCCUUUCCUGCAUGAGCCCCAUUGAAAUAAACGGAAGUCUCUCCCAAGAGGCUCGGCUAUGUUCUUAUGCAAUUCUUACUCCUUCCGAUGGAUGCUCAUGCAGAAAAUAUCUCGGUGUAAUGAGUCGCUGCCGUUGUGUCCUGUAGUUCCAAGAAAGCCUUGAAAAUUGUGUAACGAUCAAAGCGUAAGUGUUGCUUGUUCCGCCUCAUUUGGUGGGGCAGCUGGAUGUGCCAUUGAACCUUCACAAUUCUUCCCUGUGUUUUCAAGCGUGAGUGAGAAAUGGAGAGAGAGAGAGAGAGGUUAUGGGAGGGAGCCAGUUAAACAAAUCUUGGGCUGGGGUGGGGGGUGAGUCCAAAUUACAGGUCAUCAACCCAAAUUUUUCUUUUCUUUCAGAAAUGAAACAGCAAUAUGCCUAUAAACAUCACAGAGAAUUUCAGCUUCUUCAACAUAUAGUAUUGUGUCAGGGUUUGUUCAUUUGUGACCCUCCAGAAAUAGAUGGGAUGCAGCUUCUCUGUGCAGCAUAGUCUGUGGUGGAGGAUGAUGGGGGAAGCGUUUGUAGUCAGACAACAUGUGGAUGUCUAUGGGUUCUCAUCCCCUUGCUUGAAGCCACAGAGGGCAGUGCCCAUCAAAAUGGAAAAUACUUGUUUAGCCAGUGGAAUAAUUUGACCUGCUUCGAAGCAGGUUCCUGUAUUCCUAAUUUCUACCUCCAGGUCUUCAUAAUGCCUAAUCCAGAGGACUAGGAACACCAGAGUCCAGGAAUGGGAGAUAUGUGGGCGAAGUGUGUGUUUUUGUGAGGCAGUUUGUUCCCAUUGUAAGACCCCUGGCCAUAUUCCUGCUGUAGCUGUAAUCAGGGUUUUAAUUCUACUGCCUCUUCGUGAACACUGCCUCCUUGUAUUGCAUAUGAGCUCUGCCACUAUAAUUGUUUCUGUAGCAACUCUGUAGAAGUCCA